AGAAAUAGAAGCGCCCUGCCUUAAGGACUGGAGAGAGGAAAUGAAGAAACUAGAACUGUAUUCAGAGAUGAACAACAAGGAAGAGUUCAAUGAGGUUAAGUAUUGUCCUGUCUGCAGCAGAACUCUGUCCUGUCCUGAUCAGAUCUAUCAGCACAUGAGAACUGAGGAGCACAAACUAUCCGUGAGUAGACUAUGAGAAGAGUAUGCAGUAGUUCGUCAUACAAUGGUAGGAACGUUAAAGUUCUGCGACUUUGAUUCGUUAAUCCAUCGGUAACUGAAGUUAAUACGUUCAUAUCAAUGUAAAUGCAAGAUUUAAUUAUGUUCGGUGGUAUAAUUUUUUUUUUUUGAAAAUCUCUAAAUAUUACAUCACAUCAUUACUUGGAAUUAUUUUUUAUUCAAAUAUGUACAUUUUAAGAAUAAAUGUCUAGUUUUUCCGUU